CAUAACCUCGUUUCAUGGUAGUUUUCUUUCCAAAGUUUCCAAACAUCGCAAAUAUCUCGUCAAAAUGCUGAGAAAAUUAGUGAAACAUGCCCCUGUUGUGGCAUUUAUCCCCAUGGUAUUUGAUAAACCCGAUGAGGUAUCAAAAGACACAAAAACAGCCAAAGAUUUCCUCACGAGGCAGGUUGAUGAUGAGACCGGAAUGGAUCGACUCAAAAAGAUGUUUACAAUGAACUCCGAGGAUGGUGUCUCUUCAGAACUGACAUCAAUUCAGCAAGCAGGUUUCAUGGGAAUUUUCGUUGGAGCAUGCUACGGUGGUUUCUUACACUCCCGGAAAGCCUAUUUGGACUUUAUGGAAAGGAAUCUAGCUACUAGUUUCUCAUCUCACCUGGAUGCUAAAAAGAAACUCCAGCAUGCCGUCACGAUGAGCUUUGCCAAAGGAGCCUUCCGGUGGGGCUGGAGAUUGGGACUCUUCACCUCUACUUACGUUGGAUUUAUUACCAUGGUCUCUGUCUACCGGGGAAAGUCUUCGAUCUACGAAUACAUCCUUGCCGGAACUGCAGCUGGAGCAAUGUAUAAAAUGAAUCUUGGACUGAGGGGAAUGGUGGCGGGCGGAGCAGUUGGUUGUGCUUUGGGGACAGUUGGUGGACUACUAUCAGUCACCCUCCUUCGAGCCACGGGCAUGUCGAUGGAAGAAGUGCGCUACUGGCAGUACAAAUGGAAAGUGGACAGACAGACUAUGAUCCGGGCUAACCUUCCGUCGUCGGCCAAUGCUGAAAAGGAUCCCAUUUUGGAAGCCCAUGAGGAAAGAUUUGGUAAAGGUAUUCACACCUUAACUCAAUUGGAUGAAAAGCUCACGACUCAAGCUCCAACACAGAAAAAUGAAAAGUAAAUGUAAUAGGAUUUAUUUAGUUAAUAAAAUUGAUUUUCAAAAAAAAU